CUUCUCCCUCCCUCGCUAUUUUUUGUGUUUCUGUUUGGACAUCCAAAGCCAAGGAGCCAAACAACGACUUCCCACUACGACCCCACCUUCCUCCCCUCUUCUCUCUCCUCCUUCUUCUUCUUCCCCUCCUUGGCCUGCCAUCUUCUGCUUCUCCAGAUCUUAACAGCCUGUCCCUCUUCAGCUUCCCAAGUUCGGAUCUUGGCCAAUUUGGAGAUCUACUGUCGAACGCAAACCCAGCUCACUGAUUGACUCAUUGAUUUCCUCUCCUCUCCUCCCUCUUAGGUACUCAUCAGAUUUCUGAUUGCUGUUGGUUUCUCAUCUCUGCUAUCCAAGUCGAAGUAGCCUCUCAAUUGGGUUUCUUCAGUUCAGUGACAACUGGCAGUGAGUGAGACUGCUGCUUCGUUGAGCUUCGAUAACGAUAUACUGCUGAUUGAAAGGGGGCUGCUUCUCUUCGUGGGCAAUCCUUGAGUUCCCUCUGCGUCAAGUUUUUGGCGUUCAUUUUCUGAUAUAAAUGCCCUGCGGUGGGGUUUGAUUAUGAAGGGAGGAGCUCAAGGGUGGCGUUUAGGAAUGGGUGAUGUACAGAUCUUCCCUGGACCUCGCCACCGUGCUCCAUUGAAGAGGCCCGUAUGGAUCAUUGUCUUGGUUUGUAUGGUCAGCUUGUUCCUAGUUUGUGCCUACGUUUAUCCACCUCAGAGCGGCACAGCUUGUUAUCUCUUCUCUUCCAGAGGCUGCAAGGCUUUAUCGGAUUGGCUUCCACCUGCUCCAGCUAGGGAAUUUACUGACAGUGAGAUAGCUUCACAGGUUGUGAUUAGGGAGAUCUUGAGUUCCCCUCCUGUCAAAUCUAAAACUUCUAAGAUCGCUUUCAUGUUCUUGACUCCUGGUCAACUGCCUUUUGAGAAGUUGUGGGAGAAGUUCUUCAAUGGCCAUGAAGGGAAGUUUUCUGUUUAUGUCCAUGCCUCCAACAAUAAACCAGUGCAUGUGAGCCGGUAUUUUGUUAAUCGGGACAUACGCAGUGAACAGGUGAUAUGGGGGAAGAUAUCGAUGAUAGAUGCUGAGAGACGCCUUUUAGCCAAUGCUAUGCAAGAUCCUGACAAUCAGCAUUUUGUUUUGCUUUCUGAUAGCUGUAUACCAUUGCACAAGUUUGACUAUGUCUACAACUACCUGCUGUAUACAAAUGUCAGCUUCCUUGACUGUUUUUAUGAUCCUGGUCCGCAUGGCAAUGGCAGAUAUUCAGAGCAUAUGUUACCUGAAGUUGAUAUAAAAGAUUUCAGAAAAGGUGCACAGUGGUUCUCAAUGAAGCGGCAGCAUGCUAUGAUAGUUUUGGCUGAUAGUCUUUACUACUCAAAAUUCCGUGACUACUGCAAGCAUGGCAUGGAUGGAGGGAAGAAUUGCAUUGCUGAUGAGCACUAUCUGCCAACCUUUUUCCAUAUGAUCGAUCCUCAGGGAAUUGCAAACUGGUCAGUAACACAUGUUGAUUGGUCUGAGAGAAAGUGGCAUCCUAAGUCGUACACAGCUCACGAUGUCACACGUGAACUUAUAAAGAAUCUUACGUCGAUUGAUGUCAGUGUACAUGUAACGAGUGAGGAAAAGAGUUUGGAUGUGGACGAGCAGCCAUGCAUAUGGAACGGGAUUCAAAGGCCGUGCUACUUGUUUGCAAGGAAAUUCCAUGCAGAGACUCUCGAUAAUCUGCUGCAACUCUUCUCCUCCAACUAUACAACCAGCUGAGUGACAUAGUUUUGACUCCUUUAGAAGAAUUCUUUGGUUGGAUGAAUCAAUGGUUGCUUUGAAAAUUGAGACACCCCCAUCAAAAGAAAAGAAAAAAGAUUUGCGUAUCUUAAAAAAAAAAAAGGAUCUCUAACUCUAAGUCAGCCCUUCCCUAUGAAAAUCAGCGGUUGGAUUUCUUGAUUCAUAUUAUGCUAAGGGGAGGAUAGUGAGGUGGAAUAUAGUUGAGAGUUAUUGUUGAGAAGACAAUGGGGGUGGCUAACAGAAUGUUUGGGGGGAGAAAUAUAUAUGGGGAAAAUUGGGUGCAGGCUUUAUUUGUUCUCCAUUUGGGGCUAUGGACCUUUUCCUAAAUUGGGGUAUAGUUUUUUUUUUUUUCCCCCCAAGGGGGGUACUUGAAAUUUGACCUUAAGGCUUACUGUUUUGGAUCUUCUUCUCUUGUUUCUUUUCUUGGUUUUAUUGUAAAAGUUGGAAACGAACGGUUCUUUGUGAAGUUGGAAAUACAACAGUUGGGACUAGCCCCCCCUUGAUUUUGGUACGGAAAUAUCAGUUCAGCAGCACAGCAGCCUUUAGUACAUGAGUUGCGUGCGAUGAUCUGCUCCUACUGUUUUGUUGUUUACUUCCAUCUGAUCUGAGCAUUAUCAGUUAGUUGAUGUUGAAUGAUAUAGCGUUGCCAUUUCAAGCUAGUAACAGAAGUUAUUGGUUUGAUGUGCUAGGGCAGAAGUAGAAACGAGAUUGAAGUGAGUUUGGUGAUCCAGUUGCAUGAAAAAUAAAGUUCAGUAUCCUAUGCGAUGCAUGUCAAUAAGUUGGGUGAUCAUAUCGAGUAUUUAACCCGCUUGUACCAUUGGAUGGGGGACACGACUUCAUGGUGCCAUGUUGCCAACCCUAAUUGGUCCUUCCAUUUUGGGACACUUUUGUUUUGUUUGUAUGAAUAGCCAGCCAGCCACUCCUUUUCCUGUCAUCCUUCGAUUUAACACCCUUGGCCCCUGAACUCGUGGCUGUGUUCAAACUUCAACCCAUUUCCCAUUUCAUUCAAUUAAGUUAUGGUCCUCCAGUUUUUUGUUAGGAGUUAGAGGACUAUCCUCCAACGAUUUGGAUAGAAGACCCACUCUAUCAAUGACUCAGAUCUCUUCAAAAUAGAAAUUAGUGUGGCUUCAAUCCUUCCUAUCCUAGCCCAUGGGAGUGGAGCACCCUCCUCCUAAAGAAGUGAACAAUAGCAUUUCAUCUGUUGGUUG